ACGGAAAUCAAAGAAAAAACAUAAAUUAUUUCAGAAAAAAAAAGCUAUUUCUAAACCCUAAAAUAUUUUCUUUUCUCUUCCAUCUUCACAAUUUCCUAUUUUCUCGGUGAAUUUCGAAAAAAAUCGAUGAAAAAUGUCGGUAUCUGAGGCAGGUGGAGGAGUAAUGACGAGUAGAGAAGCGCAUUUCAGUAUCACCGGAGUUCAAAAUUCUCCGGCGAAUGUCCCGACUACGACGCCGGUGGUUCAGAAUAUGCAUAUGGGUUACAGAGACGACACUACGGCUGUGUUUGCGCCGCCGCCGUACCCGUCGGCUGAAGGUGCUGCCGGUGCUGGGUCUGUUAUGUUACAGAACUUGAAUAAUCAUUCGUCGGAACCGAUGAAAAGGAAGAGAGGGAGGCCUAGGAAAUAUGGGCCGGAUGGGUCUAUGGCAUUGGGUUUGAAUCCUGCUUCUUCACCGCCGGUUGCUGGAGGUCCUCCCGGCGGUAGCUUGUCGCCCCGAGAUCCGGUUAAUUCCGCAGCUGCUCAAACGCUUUCUGGGGGACCAGCUUCGCCGAAUUUUUUGAAGAAAGCUAGAGGGAGACCCCCUGGAUCCAGCAAAAAGCAACAAGUUGACAGUCUUGGAUCGACAGGUUUUGGAUUCACACCACAUAUUAUCGCUGUGCAAACAGGAGAGGAUGUGGCAUAUAAAAUAAUGUCGUUUUCUCAGAAUGGUCCAAGGGCUGUGUGUAUCUUGUCUGCCAGUGGUGCAAUAUCAAAUGUGACUCUUAGACAAAGUGCCACGUCUGGUGGAACUGCGACCUAUGAGGGACGGUUUGACAUUUUGUCUCUCUCUGGCUCGUUUAUGCUGUCUGAAAUUGGCGGUCAACAAAGCAGAACAGGUGGAUUAAGUGUAUCAUUAGCUGGAUCUGAUGGACGGAUUUUAGGGGGUUGUGUGGCAGGCGUUCUAACUGCCGCAUCACCAGUCCAGGUUAUCGUAGGUAGCUUCAUUGCAGAUGGUCGGAAAGAGCCAAAAUCAGCAAACCAUUUUGAGGCAUCACCUGCUCCGUUGAAUGCCAAUCUUGGUGUUGUUGGUAUGACAGGGGUCAAUAGCCCACCAUCACGUGGCACUUAUAGUGAAUCAUCUGGUGGGCCAGGUAGUCCCCUAAAUCAGAGCGGUCCAGUAUGCACCAACGAUAAUCACCUGCAAGGAAUCUCGAGCAUACCUUGGAAAUGAGUUAUUAACGCUCUCUUUUCUGACCAAUUGAACUCCUUUUCGACUAAUUCACUGAAGAAGACUCCGAGGGGAUUGUUGUAAUUUUAAUCCAUGUAAUCGUAGUUGUGCAGAAAUAAGGACCAGAGACACUUUUUACCUUAGUUCAAGAACUUGUGAGAAGUGCCAAUUUGCUGAUGCUUAGGUUUUCUGCAUUUCCUGUCUUGUUAAUUUAGUGUUUUUUUUGUAUUUCAUCAAUCAUAGGACAUGGUUUGGCUUUCUUGUUCUAUUCUACCUGUCAUUAUGUAUUGCUAUCUAGGGAUCCCUUUUCAUAUUAGCCAUCUUCAACUUAGUUGUGUAUUUUAUUGCAAUUCUGUGAUCUAGAAGAACAUCAAUUAUGUCCGUA